AUGGCGACUGCAACACCGUCACCCCUGGCCAGCUCUGUUGAGAAGACAAAUGGAAACAAGCUAAGCAGGCUUCUCAUCGAUGGGGGAACAACAGUACUGAGGAAUAUUUUCGAUUCCCAUCACCCUCCUGCCAACUUGGCUGCCAAUCUUAGUUCCAGAUAUAUUCAUCCCAUUCUUACUAGCCUUCGGCAUAGAAACAUUCUGAAUGGUGUUCAAUGGGACAAACUGUUUCCACCACCAGCUGGAGGGCCACCAAACUCUAUUAACUUUGAUAUCACUCUUCUGUUCCUCUUGCUGAGAAACAUUUGCGGCCUAUCCCCUCCCCUUUCAGGCUGGGACAGAAUGCCCCCCGCGAGUGACACCUCUUUUGAGGCUAACCUUGCUCGCAUGAAGUACCAUCGAAACGUGCUCUAUGGUCACGUGACAUCAACUGGCAUUCAGACAUCAGUGUUCGAUGUGAAAUGGCAGGAAGUUAGUUCCGUUCUUGUUACGCUUGGUUUAAGUCAGUCUGAAGUAGACAGAUUAAAGCGAGAGCCUUGUGGAGAGGACUAUGUCAGCGCUGUUACUGAAUGGAUGAAAAAUGACGAGGAGAUCCAAUUCCAGCUGAAAGAUCUACUUACUAAACAACAGCAAGUGCUCCAGACCCAACAGCAAGAUCACAGAACUCUUCACGAUACGCAUCAAAUAGUUGGAAAAGUGCAAGAGACGCAAAUAGAAGCCAGCAAUUUGCAACAGGAAGACCACAAAACUCUUCAAGAUACACAUCAAACAGUUCGCCAAGUAGAACAGACACUUCAAGAUACACACCAGACAGUUGGCAAUUUACAACAAAUGUUACACGAAGUUCGGAGAACCCAACAAGAAUCGCAGCAGCAGAUCGAGUAUGAGGCUGCAAACGCUGAAGAAAGAAGAGAUAAAGCUGAAGAGGAUGAAGCUCUGAGAAGAUUGGCAAAAGUUAAUACCGAGAGAGUCAUCCAGUAUCACUCUGGGAAAUACCUGGGCGAAACGCGCUUGCACAUCUUUGAGAAGAUCAGGUUGUGGCUAGACGACCGUACAUCUGAAAAUCGUGUGAUGGUAAUCAGUGGAGAUGCGGGAAUGGGUACAUCAGUGAUCGCCGCUGUCGUUUGUCAGAGAAUGCAACACGCUGGUCGGCUCUUAGGAAGUCACUUUUGUCAGCACAACAAGGAACGUUACAGAAACCCGAAGGUGAUGCUUCAGUCGUUAGCCUGUCAGCUGUGUGAUGUCUUACCAGAAUACAAAAGUGAACUUGUGAAGAAACUUUCUAGAAAUUUGGGCGUGGACAUGAACAGCCUAGAAGUUCAGGAGUUGUUCGAAUUUCUUUUCGAAGAGCUUUUAUGCAGCGUAGGAGACCCUGGGAGAAAUUUGCUGUUAGUUAUUGAUGGCCUGGAUGAAAGUGAAUACAAAGGCCGCAAUAAUCUGCUUGAUGUCGUGGCUAAUCAUUUUUGCAAACUUCCUCUUUGGUUCCGGUUUCUUGUUACCACUCGACCUGAAGUAAAUAUUGCAGAUCGUCUUAAAAGGUUUAAUCCUAUUCAGCUGGGGCAAGAUGACGAAGAAAACGUGAAAGACAUCAGAUUCUUCCUUGAAAAACAGUUGAGCAGCGUUAUUCAAGCGGGCUUUAACGAGGUCAUUAUCGAUGCACUGGUCCGAAAGGCUGCAGGGCAUUUUUUAUAUGCUUAUUUGAUGGUCGAUUUUAUCAAGGAAAACGUUUCACUUCUCACUCCCGAAGAGUUAGGAAGAACCUUACCUUCAGGUGUAUCGUCUGUUUAUCAGUCCUACUUUGAACGUUUAGAGAAAGAAUUGGAAAUUGGUGAGGACCAGUUUUUAACUUUUCUAAGUGCUUUGGCGGCUGCAAGAGAACCGCUACCACGAGGUCUUGUUUCUAAGAUAUUGCUUUCGGACUUGAAGUCCCCAUCUGGUCCUCGGAAAGUAACAAAAGCUAUUGACUCUAUCUCAACCCUUCUACCUGUUCAUGAUGACUGUAUUGUGUUCUUCCACAAAUCAGUUAAGGACUGGUUGACUGACAGAACUACCUACGGGCAACACACCUUCUCUAUGGAUGAAAAGCAAGGUCAUGCCAUGCUCUCUCAGCUCUGUGCUAAUGAACUGAAUAACGUGAAAAGAAAAGGCGUUCACGGAACAGAAUUCAGUAACACUGCAAGGUACGCCCUACAGCAUGGUGUUUAUCAUAUGCUCGAGUCCGAAGAGCUGGAUGAGGGUGCAAGAAGCUUUGAAGAAAUCGUUAACAACUAUGUUACCGACCUAGACAUUGUGUAUGCAAAGCUGUGUGUAAACAACACGGCUAGUUCUGAAGACAUUAUCCUUACUCAGAAACAAGAAGCUUUUCAGUUAUUGAGUAGUGAGAGGCGAAAAGCCCUUGGCACGUUGUUGUCUCUCUUACGAAAGUACCGUGGAAGACUUUCCACGCAUCCUAGUACAAUAUUUCAAGUGAUGGUGAACGAGGGAGGGGACGUUUUUGCUGAUGAAGCGACGAAAGUUUUACAGAGUCAUGAAAUACCAUACAUGGAGUACCUUCAUAAGGAAGCUUUGAAGGAGGAGUCAAAUAAGACCCAGGCUGAGUUUCACUGUAACUCCGCGGUUGUUUGUUUUGAUAUUUCACUGACGCAGGAGUUCAUGGUUUGCGAAUGUACUGAUGGGAUGAUUUACCUUUGGUCACUCAAAACGGGUGAGCAAAGGUGGAUACGGCCGGUUGAGGUCAGGAAAUUCUACCGUAAACCUUCUCUCGCCUUUAGAGUGGUCCGAAACUCAAAUGUAUACUCAUGUUAUCGCUCUGUUGUUUUUCACCCUACUGAGCCCAUUGUUCUUCCUGGAAUCCUUAGCCAUGCUUACUCGUUUAAAGGAAACCUUCAACCUCUGUUUCCAAAAAGCAACUGCAGAUUUUCUGUUUGUUCAGUUCAUGGGGACGAGAGCAAAAUUAUCACCGAUUGCCCUGGGGAUGCUAAAUGCCUUGUCAUGUGGAAUCUAAAAAAUGGUGAAGAGAUCACUCGAACCAUCAGAAAUGAAGAUGUUUUGUCUUUUGCUUGGUCUCCUGAUGGAACGCUUCUGGCAAUUUCCCAUUUUUCAGGACUGGUAUGUUUGGUUGACGCAUUGAACUGCUUAGACACCACUCUCGCAGAAGUCACCACCAAACAACCUUGUGGAAUGAUAAAGUUUACCUCUGACAUUCAAUUCUUUUUUUGUUUUUCUUGGUCAUUUCUACAAAGUGAAGACAAACGCAACGAUGGGGGGUUAAUAACAGUGUUGCAACCCUUAAGUUAUCCCUUAAACGUUAUUAAGUUGCCUUGUGGUACCUUUUCCUUGAACGUUUUAGACAAUGAGUUUGGCCAGGAUCCAUGGAAUUACGAAGCAUCUAGCAAAGGUGGAUUCUUGAUGGGAGAUCCUAUGUUUUACAGGAUUUCCUCGGACGUUUUACCUGAGUUGUUUCCAUUUGCAUUUGUAUUAAACAAACAAAGUGUAUUAAGGGUACUUCCGGGCAAGAGGAAAAUUACAAUGCUUAAACAUGAAGAUUAUUCGACGGCCACGAAGCGUUCUCCUUUCUUUUCUAGUAUCUGUCGCAUUGCCUUCGCUUUAGAUGGAAAGACCAUUUAUUGCACCACUGCAGGGUAUAAAGGCUUCCUAGUGGUAUCUUUGGAUGUGUCGAGUGGAGAUCGUAAAGCAGAGAAAGUGAUACGUACACCUCAUGUUUUCCUUGUACCUGUGUCAGAGGGUGUCCUUUUGAAACAAAGAGAACCUGGGGCAGAUGUUCAGCUAUGGAAUUUUGAGUUGUCACAACAAAUCCGAAGUUGGCCUAAUUUAAGCGAGGUUAGGGAUAUAAAGCCAUUUUCAGACCGAUGUGUAGCGUGUGUGGGGAGAGAUUUUCAAGUAACCAUCCUGGACACAUCAAAUGGAAACAUAGUGAAGACCAUCCCACUUUGUCACGAGGGUUUCCGGUCACCAUAUUGGUUGCGUAAAGUACCCAUAGUAUGUAACAGGAAAUUUCAGCUGCUAUCCACCGCUGGUAGCUCAGUUCAGAUGUCAGAUGGUAAAAAUGAACUAUGGAAGAGAUCUCUGAAAUUCAAUAUAGAAGUUCGAUCUUUUUUUUUUGUUGACCUACCCGGGAUGUUUUCUCCAACAGAGGAGUUUGUCCUUGUCUCGUCUAAAAACUCUUCGUGGAAGACAGAAGUACUUGUGCUUGAAGCAUCUUCAGGAAAGUAUCUCCGGACGCUAUGCACCGUUGACAGAAUUCAUGGCUAUAACGGAAUUCUUGGCUGUGCCUUUGUAAGUAACACGGAAUGUGUUAUCGUCUGCAAGAAUACUUCAGAGAGCUAUUGUCUUCAGUUGUUCAAUGUUAGCACUGGGGAUUUCCUAACCGUACUUGAUAUAGAUUUUGAACCGUCCCAGUGUCUGGCUUCCUGUCCACAAAAGGGUUUGAUCGCUUUUGGCCUUAAGAACUCCAAAUGUAUGUGCGCAGUUAUCCAAGUAAAACUGCCGCGAGACAAAGUAAACCGGGAAACAAAAGGUGAGCAAUGCGUUUUUUCCUUAUCGUUAGUCGAAGAAUUGCUAAGUUUAAAUACGUAGCGUCGACAGAUCACACCUACAUUAAAGUGGAAAUAUUAGCUGCAGAAAAGGAGCUUGUGUGAAGGAUAGUGCAGUUUGUAGAUAUUAGUGGGGUCGAACCUCUAUUAAGCAGCCACUCUAUUUAGCGGCCUGUUACAAGAUUCCCUGCGAACAAAGCUAUCAGUAAAUCACUGUAAAAAGUGCCUCUAUUAAGCAGCCACUCUAUUUAGCGGCCUGUUACAAGAUUCCCUGCGAACAAAGCUAUCAGUAAAUCACUGUAAAAAGUGCCUCUAUUAAGCAGCCACUCUAUUUAGCGGCCUGUUACAAGAUUCCCUGCAGACAAAGCUGUCAGUAAAUCACUGUAAAAAGUACCUUUAUUAAGCAGCCACUCUAUUUAGCGGCCUGUUCCAAGAUUCCCUGCAGACAAAGCUGUCAGUAAAUCACUGUAAAAAGUACCUUUAUUAAGCAGCCACUCUAUUUAGCGGCCUGUUCCAAGAUUCCCUGCAGACAAAGCUGUCAGUAAAUCACUAAAAAAAGUACCUUUAUUAAGCAGCCACUCUAUUUAGCGGCCUGUUCCAAGAUUCCCUGCAGACAAAGCUGUCAGUAAAUCACUAUAAAAAGUACCUUUAUUAAGCAGCCACUCUAUUUAGCGGCCUGUUCCAAGAUUCCCUGCAGACAAAGCUGUCAGUAAAUCACUGUAAAAAGUACCUUUAUUAAGCAGCCACUCUAUUUAGCGGCCUGUUCCAAGAUUCCCUGCAGACAAAGCUGUCAGUAAAUCACUGUAAAAAGUACCUUUAUUAAGCAGCCACUCUAUUUAGCGGCCUGUUCCAAGAUUCCCUGCAGACAAAGCUGUCAGUAAAUCACUAUAAAAAGUACCUUUAUUAAGCAGCCACUCUAUUUAGUGGCCUGUUCCAAGAUUCCCUGCAGACAAAGCUGUCAGUAAAUCACUAUAAAAAGUACCUUUAUUAAGCAGCCACUCUAUUUAGCGGCCUGUUCCAAGAUUCCCUGCAGACAAAGCUGUCAGUAAAUCACUAUAAAAAGUACCUUUAUUAAGCAGCCACUCUAUUUAGCGGCCUGUUCCAAGAUUCCCUGCAGACAAAGCUGUCAGUAAAUCACUAUAAAAAGUACCUCUAUUAAGCAGCCACUCUAUUUAGUGGCCUGUUCCAAGAUUCCCUGCAGACAAAGCUGUCAGUAAAUCACUAUAAAAGUACCUCUAUUAAGCAGCCACUCUAUUUAGUGGCCUGUUCCAAGAUUCCCUGCAGACAAAGCUGUCAGUAAAUCACUAUAAAAAGUACCUCUAUUAAGCAGCCACUCUAUUUAGUGGCCUGUUCCAAGAUUCCCUGCAGACAAAGCUGUCAGUAAAUCACUAUAAAAAGUACCUCUAUUAAGCAGCCACUCUAUUUAGUGGCCUGUUCCAAGAUUCCCUGCAGACAAAGCUGUCAGUAAAUCACUAUAAAAAGUACCUUUAUUAAGCAGCCACUCUAUUUAGCGGCCUGUUCCAAGAUUCCUGCAGACAAAGCUGUCAGUAAAUCACUAUAAAAGUACCUUUAUUAAGCAGCCACUCUAUUUAGUGGCCUGUUCCAAGAUUCCCUGCAGACAAAGCUGUCAGUAAAUCACUAUAAAAAGUACCUUUAUUAAGCAGCCACUCUAUUUAGCGGCCUGUUCCAAGAUUCCCUGCAGACAAAGCUGUCAGUAAAUCACUGUAAAAAGUACCUUUAUUAAGCAGCCACUCUAUUUAGCGGCCUGUUCCAAGAUUCCCUGCAGACAAAGCUGUCAGUAAAUCACUAUAAAAAGUACCUUUAUUAAGCAGCCACUCUAUUUAGUGGCCUGUUCCAAGAUUCCCUGCAGACAAAGCUGUCAGUAAAUCUAAAAGUCAGUAAGCCACUCUAUUUACAAGAUUCCCCUGCAGACAAAAGUAAAUCACUUUAUUAAGCAGCCACUCUAUUUAGUGGCCUGUUCCAAGAUUCCCUGCAGACAAAGCUGUCAGUAAAUCACUAUAAAAAGUACCUCUAUUAAGCAGCCACUGUAUUUAGUGGAUUCCUGUUAAAUCACCAGCAGCCACUCUAUUUAGUUCCAAGAUUCCCUGCAGACAAAGCUGUCAGUAAAUCACUAUAAAAAGUACCUUUAUUAAGCAGCCACUCUAUUUAGCGGCCUGUUCCAAGAUUCCCUGCAGACGAAGCUGUCAGUAAAUCACUAUAAAAAGUACCUCUAUUAAGCAGCCACUGUAUUUAGUGGCCUGUUCCAAGAUUCCCUGCAGACAAAGCUGUCAGUAAAUCACUAUAAAAAGUACCUCUAUUAAGCAGCCACUCUAUUUAGUGGCCUGUUCCAAGAUUCCCUGCAGACAAAGCUGUCAGUAAAUCACUAUAAAAAGUACCUUUAUUAAGCAGCCACUCUAUUUAGCGGCCUGUUCCAAGAUUCCCUGCAGACAAAGCUGUCAGUAAAUCACUAUAAAAAGUACCUUUAUUAAGCAGCCACUCUAUUUAGCGGCCUGUUCCAAGAUUCCCUGCAGACAAAGCUGUCAGUAAAUCACUAUAAAAAGUACCUCUAUUAAGCAGCCACUCUAUUUAGUGGCCUGUUCCAAGAUUCCCUGCAGACAAAGCUGUCAGUAAAUCACUAUAAAAAGUACCUUUAUUAAGCAGCCACUCUAUUUAGCGGCCUGUUCCAAGAUUCCCUGCAGACAAAGCUGUCAGUAAAUCACUAUAAAAAGUACCUCUAUUAAGCAGCCACUCUAUUUAGUGGCCUGUUCCAAGAUUCCCUGCAGACAAAGCUGUCAGUAAAUCACUAUAAAAAGUACCUCUAUUAAGCAGCCACUCUAUUUAGUGGCCUGUUCCAAGAUUCCCUGCAGACAAAGCUGUCAGUAAAUCACUAUAAAAAGUACCUUUAUUAAGCAGCCACUCUAUUUAGCGGCCUGUUACUAGAUUCCCUGCAGACAAAGCUGUCAGUAAAUCACUAUAAAAAGUACCUUUAUUAAGCAGCCACUCUAUUUAGCGGCCUGUUCCAAGAUUCCCUGCAGACAAAGCUGUCAGUAAAUCACUAUAAAAAGUACCUUUAUUAAGCAGCCACUCUAUUUAGUGGCCUGUUCCAAGAUUCCCUGCAGACAAAGCUGUCAGUAAAUCACUAUAAAAAGUACCUUUAUUAAGCAGCCACUCUAUUUAGCGGCCUGUUACUAGAUUCCCUGCAGACAAAGCUGUCAGUAAAUCACUAUAAAAAGUACCUUUAUUAAGCAGCCACUCUAUUUAGUGGCCUGUUCCAAGAUUCCCUGCAGACAAAGCUGUCAGUAAAUCACUAUAAAAAGUACCUUUAUUAAGCAGCCACUCUAUUUAGUGGCCUGUUCCAAGAUUCCCUGCAGACAAAGCUGUCAGUAAAUCACUAUAAAAAGUACCUUUAUUAAGCAGCCACUCUAUUUAGUGGCCUGUUCCAAGAUUCCCUGCAGACAAAGCUGUCAGUAAAUCACUAUAAAAAGUACCUUUAUUAAGCAGCCACUCUAUUUAGCGGCCACUUGUCCCUUCCCGAGGCUGUCCGCUGGCCGCUUAACACUUCAAGUCCCAAGGGUGACCAACCUCAAUUUUCCCUUGACAUCAUCAAUACAUCAUCAUAAGAAAACGUUAUGAGAAGAGAUGAAAUGAUCACCUAAGAGAAAAUGCUUUGAUCUUUAAAUAAAUUCUCUCAACUAAUUCUUUGAGAAAAUUUAAACCUCAAUUUUCCCUAACAAUAUUAAUACAUCAUCAUGAAAAAACGUUAUGAGAAUUGAUGAAAUGAUCACCUAAGAGAAAAUAUUUUGAUCUUUAAACAAAUUCUCUCAACUGUUCCUUCUUCAUUGAGCGAGAUAUUUCAGCUCCAGAAAACUUUGUGAAUCUUUAAGAACUUUGCCAGUAGCUUUCUUCUCAGUUUUUAAAUAUUCUUGCAGAUUGCAUAUAUAUUGUUUAAUUAAUAGGGAUGUAAUGGUUCUGACUGUCUUAUCUUGGACCAUUAAUGAAUACAAAUUCAGUUUUAUUUUGCGAUUUCAGGUCCUUACAUAAGCAGAUAUUUUCUAAUUGCAUGCGUAGAUUAAGUAUUGUCGAUUGCUUUUGGUUUUUGCCUUCAGUUUUCCCUUUCCAUAGUAUCCAGGAAAAUUUCACUGAAGCAAUCACAAAUAAGUGGCCUUUAUCGUUUUGAUAGUAUUAUUUUUAUACAUCAAUUUUCAAUCCGUCAACUGAGUAACUUGUUCACCUUAUUUUAAUGUUUUGCAGUUUCCGAAAGCGCGACAUUUGGAGACAAACGUUGUGCCGCAGUGCGUCGACCUGGCAACAAAUUGUGAGUACAAGGUUCUCUAUUCUCUCCCGUUCCAACUGUGAUUGUAAAACCUUUUAGUAAAUUUAGUGGACGUACGUCGCAAAAGAUUGCUGCUGAGGGACAGUUGUGUGCUUACCAAUGAGAAGGAAUCAGCGUGUAACCAGAACGUUAUAUUGGUAGCAAACGGGUAGGCAUAGAACCGGGAUUAUGAUACGGGAUUUUUACUUUACUUAAAGUUCAUUCCAGGCUCGAAAUCGGUUAACCCAUGCUAAUUUGCCACUAGUGUUCUUAAUGAUAUUUUAACACUGCCUUGGACUAUAGGGCCCACUUGUUAUGUGGCUAAAUAUCAUUUAGGCAAAGUUAAACUCGAGCGAGUUGGCCAGCGGUCUUCUCCCACUUCAGUAUGUGACCUACGGGGCGGCCCGCGGGGAAUUGCAGGGCUCCUUGUGUGCCCUUUUGCCAGUGUUGCUUUGCAUUGCAUUAGUGGCUGCUCUUGGGGUGGUUCCCGCUUCCAGGGUUGCCAUGGAUACCUCCUCUCUGCUUAUUGCAUUUGGCCCCCCUACUAACCUUUAAGGCACCUGCUCCCAAGCUCAUCAUUAGCGAUGAGUUUAACGAACGCCGUUAGCGCAGGACCUAAUAAUAACAUACGAAACCUUUACGCUUCUUUUGCAAUUUGCGCUAAUAUUAAACAUGUUUAAAAGUUGUUUAGUUUGUCUCCGUGGCAUAUUUUUUCACUUAAAGGCCGUGUAUUGUUGUUUGUCGCCUUAAGUUUGCAGAAUUUAACGCACAAGUUUAAGCUUUCUUGAACCCUAUUGAGAUCUGAACUUGCUUUAAAAUAUUUCGUUUUGUUACACCUGGUAUAAUUGAACAUGUUUUGCUGUAUUUAGUACAUCGAAACACUUAUCGGAAGGAAUCUAGUGGCAGCUCACUCAGUUUAACUUAACUAAACAGAACUGUUACUGCUAACAAUCUCUCACAAUUGUUGUAGAAUGGUCUUGAUAUUCUUUUGUACUUUUAGAAUGUAUCUUUUACGAAUUGUUAUAUUUUUUUUAACCUCUGUCUAUUCUGUUCAACACCGUUUUAUUUUUUAUAUUUUUUUAGUGGUGGAUCCACCAGUACUUGUGUCUUGUAAGUAGAACUUAAUAAGUUUAUUUAUAUAUUUUUUUAAUUGAUGGUUGUGGUAGUGUUUUUCGUCUUACUGUACUGCGAAAUAGUUGUUGAUGUUUAGUCUUUACUUAUUAAUCUUGCAGUUGGGAGUUUAACAUUGAUGAUUGAUGUGCAUACAGCGUCCAGAAAUGUUAUGUGAGCAGCCAGUCUCUUAUUGACACAUUGGCAGGAGGUGGAUUGAACAACACGCUGUAAGAAAAAGCCCUUAAAAAUGGAAAAGCUUCGAAAAGUAUGCCAUCAACAGUACGUUUAACCUUUUAAUUAAAUAUUCAUCUUUUAGCAACGUUUUAGUAUCGUUUAAGGAUUUACAGUAAUUAUUAGCAAGUAAAUGAACCAGAAAACCUCUAGAAUUGAUGCGGAGUAUCGUAAGCAGUAGCAGAAGGCUUACAUUUGAAGAGGUUCUAUUAACAUUGGGUGAAUUAGAAUUAGUAAAGCAAACCAACAGAAAACAUGUACAGUAUCAUAAUCACAAGAGAUUAAGGAAUAUUUUUAAGAAUUUCCCUUUGGUGUCAUUAAAUGACUAUGUUAGCAUGUAAAACAGUGUAGUGUAAAUGAACUAUGUAGGUUCAUUUUGUAAGUUUGUGAUCAGUUUAUUGUAAAGUUUAUGGUCACAUAGUUUUUGUUAACAUCAUUGUGACUGAAGUAACAGC